AUGCACCGCAUAGCUUUUUUCGAUUUUCAAUUAUUAAUAGUGGCAGAUCGAGAUUAUCAUUCUCAUGUAAUUUGUCCCAUUGCGACGAUGGAUUUUCAGGGACUGUGUCCAUCAAUUCCAAAUCAGACUUCACUCACGCCAUUCCUAAUUUGGAUUAUUUAUCAAUUCGUUGAGAUUUCAAUGAUCGUCUUGAUAUAUCCACCAUAUAUAUAUUGUGGCCCCUACCUUAUGAUGUUGAUUCGAUGGAAUCAUGAUGUCUUUCUUUAUAGAAAGUUUGUUUCCGGUGUGUUCACUCACUGUCGGUGUAAUUUUCGGGUAUCAACCGGUGAAUGUCCUCUUACCCAAUGGAAUGGAGGUUCUACAUGGGUUUUUGAUCCAGGAAUCGAUGGAGGAAUCAAUCUACUUGAUGAAAUCAAAAUCGGAGAUCGGAUUAGAUUUCUUUGGAUGUUAACUAUGUCUGAUGAUGGUGAUGCUUUCUCAUUACCCUGGUUGGAAUAUUUCAUUUCGUCAAGUGAUUAUAUGGGUUGUGGAGUAUAUGGUUCUAAAUUUAUGGUGGCUACUUUCAUUGAGGAUGAUGAUGACACGAGGGUGAUGGGAAGAAAAAAGGCGGCGAAUGACUGUGAUAGAGAUGUUUCUUCUUUCCCUUGGUCAAAAUUUUUUACUUCUAUGCAAAAGUAA